GAGUUAUGACUUAUCACACUCGCUACCUGUCUAUACGGAGACAACAUGUUCGCGUUUCGUUUUUUCGUUGUAGUUUUUCUGUCAAUAGUUGGGAUACUAGCGACACCUUCCAAUAACAGGGACGACCUCCAAGACAAGGAGCUUGCGGAGAUUAAGGAGAUGGUGAAGUUACAGUCAGAACUGAUCCAAUCACAGGCAGAGAUGUUGAACAAGUACGACCAACGUAUAGGUGAAAAACAGUCGCGGACACGAAGAGUUGCUGAUAUGGAUAACAACACCGCUGUCGGAUUUUACUCGAGGCUCGUGUCCCCACAUCCUUUACAACUCGGACAACACCAGGCUAUCGAAUUUGACCAGAUUAUAACGAACGUCGGGAAUGGAUAUGAUUCCCGACGCGGACACUUCACGGCACCGGUCGCCGGUUUGUACUCGUUCACCUCUACAGUUCUUCUGGCAAGUUCCAAUAACCACAACAUGCACAUUUCCAUUGUUAAAAACGGAGUCAUUGUUGGAUUAAUGUUUUCCGUCACAGAGUACGAUAAAGGCACCAGAACUGUUGUCUUAUCCUUAGCUGUAGGAGAUAUGGUAUGGGUCCGAAAUAACGGAAACGAGUUGCCGAAUAUCCACGGUGUUGGCUAUAGCACAUUUUCUGGAUUUCUUAUCACACCUUACAGUCAGUAGUUUGGCUAAAACACGACAAAGCAUUUGAAUAAACUGAAUAAACCCCAAUCACCAUCUUA